AGUUAGCAGUGAACUGUGUUCCAUCAUUUUAAAUUUUUAAUAGAGAUAAACUUCAAAUUUUGAUGGAGCUGUGAAAACGGAGAGGUAUUAGCUACAUAGUCACAUAGUUACAUUAGUGAUUCUUGAAAAAAAAACAAGUUUUUUGUCUUUUUUUGCUCAAUGAGAUAAUUUUUUCUUUCAAUUUAACUCAUACUGUCCAUAGUUUACCAUCGCUACAGUGUAGAUUUCACUUUUCUUCAGUUUUUUUGGCUGGUCAUGUAUCUUUCCUGAAACAGAUUCAUUCUUGAUUUCUCUGAAUGCCCGUUAUUAUUCCCUUUUUUUCUAAUUUACUCUCCUAUUGUGUAUCAGGGACAGUUAUUGGAUGUCUCAUCUUUACAUGUAGGCCCUGUUACCUUGAAAUCUCAAGGUAAAAAAAAGCAUCCUUUUUGUAUUCUCAUUUCAGAAAAGUUUCCCGUUUACACUGCGACAUUUUGAAAAUGAUGUAGUUAACAUGCCAGGCCAAGAACUGGCACUGCUUCUGUCAUGGGUCCAUCUGUCUGGUCGCCCAAGAGUCCCUCCGAGACACCAGUGAAUUAAAAAAAAAAAAAAAAGAAAGAAGGCUGUUUCAAGUAUUUCUUGACCCAGUCUUGAUUUUUCAUCUUAGUAUUAGUAUUGAUUGGAGACAUGAAACAGUGCAGAGGAAAUAAGGUGAAGGUCAGAAUUUUGCAGCUGAACAUUGGCUGGAAUGCAACACUGAAAGCGGUUGAUUUCUUGGAAUGAAAAACAGCCUCUGGCGGUUUCUCCCAUCUCUCCCAGGCUGAGUCACUGCCUCCUCCUCUUUCACACAUCUCAUAGCUGAGUAAUCAGUGACGUCUCUCACCAGCAGAACCAAUGAGGAUCAGUGUUGACAGGAGGAAACCAGAGGAGGGUUUGGCUCCAGCCGGGAUGUUUUAAAUCUGCUGAGCAGGAAGAGAAACUGCUCAAACUCAUGCUGUUGCUGAGAGGAGAAAAUGGCAAAGAGAGGAGCUCAGCUGGAUUCAGAAAAGUUCUCUUGCUCCAUCUGUCUGGAUCUCCUGAAGGAUCCGGUGACGGUUCCCUGUGGACACAGCUACUGCAGCGACUGUAUUAAAGAACACUGGGAUGAAGAGAAGAACAGUGGAUUCUACAGCUGCCCUCAGUGCAGGAAGAGGUUCAGGCGAAGGCCGAAACUGAAGAAAAACUUCCUGUUAGCAGAGUUAGUGGAGGAUCUGAAGAAGCCUGAACUCCAAGCUGCUGCAGCUGAUCUCUAUUGCUCUGCUGGACCUGAAGAUGUGUCCUGUGAUGUUUGCUCUGGGAGGAAGCUGAAAGCCGUCAAGUCCUGUCUGGUCUGUUUGGUCUCUUACUGUGAGGAACACCUCCAACCUCACUAUCAAUCUGCUGCUUUUAAGAAGCACCAGCUGGUGGAGCCCUCCAAGAAGCUCCAGGAGAAGAUCUGCUCUCUUCACGAUGAGGUGAUGAAGAUUUUCUGUCGCACUGAUCAGCAGAGUAUCUGCUACAUCUGUCUGAUGGACCAACACAGAGGCCAUGAAACAGUCCCAGCUGCAACAGAGAGGAGGCAGAAGCAGAAGGAGCUGGAGGAGAGUCGACUAAACAUCCAGCAGAGAAUCCAGGAGCGAGAGAAAAACGUGGAGCAACUUCAGCAGCAGACGGAGGCCGUCAGUGUCUCUGCUGAUGAAGCAGUGAAGAACAGCUUGGAGACCUUCAAACAGAUGAUCCGUCUCAUCGCGAAGAGGGGCGAUGAGGUGACGCAGCAGCUCAGAUUCCAGCAUCAAACUGCAGUCGUCACUGCAAAUGAGAUCUGGAUCUCAGUUGAUCUACCUUAUUGA